GUUCAUGUUCCCGUGCGCGGCCAGGGGCUCCGCAGCUAGCCCUCAGCUAGCCUCCAAUUAAUAGCAAAAUCACCAUCUUCUCGCCAGUCGAGAGGAUGCAUCAUGAGCCCGACAAAUGAUUCGAAACGGAGCAGUUAAGGGUUGACACGGGACAGUUUAAUGACGCUACAUUUUCGGCCCCCGGCUCCGGGAGCCCCAGCGCUUCAACAAGGCGAGCGUCAGAGCUCCGUCUGCGGAUGUUAAUUUGUUGUGAAUUUGUUGUUGGGGGAGCAGCUAACCUUCGUCAUAUUGAACCACGAGUUUCCCUUAGGAUUGGCAGAAAGCUCCAGAUGUAACUCAAGGAUAAAGUGAAAGUUGUUUCCCCCCAUCUUCUCCAACAUCUGCUUUUCUUCAGUGAGUUCCAGUUUAAGCCUUCAAAGCCUCGGUCACGGCUCCUUCGCAGAGCUAAGAGAUGGACUGGGCCACUCCAUCUGCCAAACUGAAUCCGUACUCGCGAGCCCGCAUGACAGAGGCCUGGCAGCAGCACGCCGUCGCUCCGCCUCCGGUUGUCCACGCCAUCCCAGCAGGAGCUGAAAACGCUUUGAGCUGUGCGGUGUAUGGGAUCGUGCUGCAGUCGGACGCCUCAUCGUUGCAGCAGCAGCAUGGAGGUGGACAGCAGCAUGCGGGAACGCAACAACAUACAGGUGGACAGCAGGGGCAACAUCCUUCUCAAGCCCAGCAAAGCUCUCUGCAGGUGGGAACAGAGUCAGGACACAAGUGUGGGACGUGUGGACAUGACAUCUCCCACCUGGCUAACCCACUUGAACACCAGUGCAUGGUGAGUCAGGACAGGUCAUUCCAGUGCACUCAGUGUCUAAAGAUCUUCCAUCAGGCCACAGACUUACUGGAACACCAGUGCGUUCAGGUGGAGCAGAAGCCGUUUGUGUGUGGAGUAUGUAAGAUGGGCUUCUCUCUUCUCACCUCGUUGGCUCAGCACCACACGUCGCACAAUAGCAGCAACCCCAUGAAGUGUUCCAUAUGCGAGAAGACGUAUCGGCCGGGCUCCUCAGGGAACACGACACCAACGUCCUCGAGCAGCUCCCAGCCGUCCAGCAGCGACGGGGCGUCAGCGGGCAGCAGUUCGUCCAUCUUGCCUUUCCCCUCGGCUCGGGACCGUCCGUACAAGUGCUCCGUCUGCCAGAAGGGCUUCAAGCACCUCUCAGAACUCACGCGACACGAGAGGGUGCACACAGGGGAGAAACCCUUCAAAUGCGACACGUGCGACAAGGCUUUCAGCCAGUCCUCGCACCUGCAGCACCAUCAGCGGACGCACAGCAACGAGAGACCGUUCAAGUGUGCUGUGUGCGAAAAGAGCUUCAAGCACCGCUCGCACCUCGUCCGCCACAUGUACGUUCACUCGGGCGAGCACUUGUUCAAGUGCAACUUGUGUGAGCUGCACUUCAAAGAGUCGUCGGAACUGCUUCAUCACCCCUGCCACCCGCAGGGUUCCCGACCGUUUCGUUGCGCCACAUGCGGAAAAGGGUUUAAACGGCCGUCGGACCUGCGGCAGCACGAGCGCACGCACUCCGAGGAGCGGCCCUUUCACUGCGACGAGUGCCAGAUGAGCUUCAAACAGCAUUACGCGCUCGUGCGCCACAGACGGAUGCACAAAGACCCCUCGGACCGACCUUUCAGAUGCAGUUUGUGUGACAAAGGCUUCAUGCAACCCUCGCACCUUCUCUAUCACCAGCAUGUUCACGGCAUGGACAACCUGUUCAAGUGCGCCUCCUGCCAGAAGGAAUUCAGCCAGUCAGGAGAGCUACUCAGACAUAAGUGUGGGGAGUCAUCCAACUCCUCGCCGGACAAGCCGUACAAAUGCGACGUCUGCGGGAAGGGAUACAAAAAGAGCUCCACCUUGCAGCGCCACCAGAACUCCCACUGCCAGGAGAAGCCGCUGAAGUGCUCGCUCUGCGACCGGCGCUUCCUGUCCUCCUCGGAGUUCGUCCAGCAUCGCUGCGACCCAUCCAGGGAGAAGCCCCUGAAGUGCUCUGACUGCGAGAAGCGCUUCAAGUACUCGUCGGACCUGAACCGCCACCGGCGUGUGCACACGGGAGAGAAACCCUUCAAAUGCGACCACUGCAGCAAGGGUUUCAAACAGCGCGAGCACUUGAUCAAACACCAGAGCACGCACUCCCGGGAGGGCCAAUUCAAGUGUGUAUGGUGUGGAGAGCGCUUCAGUGACUUGGGCUCUUUGCAGGAUCACACUGUGCAGCACACGUCCGACGGAGACGGUUACAAUGUGCCACAGUGUAUGUGAGCCAUGACUUUUUAAAAAAAAAUUCCCUGAAUGGACAGAACCAUCAACACUCCACCCAGAGGCUGUUUAUGAAUCCAAACAUCUCUCUCGUUCGGGGCAGUCCUGGGCUGCAUACCGUUUUCAGAUUUCUUAGAUCACAGUAAAUUAGAAACUCUGGGUCUAGUUGAACAGUCAAGAUAAAAACUCUCCAAAUGUCUUUUUUUUUAGUUAUUUCUCUAACAUUUGAAAACAAAAGAUAUAAAGAACAUUGGACAAAAAUUGCACUUAAACUAGAGAUGCAUCAAUUAGUCAAACAGUGAUUAGGAUCAGCCCAUGGUCUCAUCAUUCAAUACUAAUUUAGAGAUGGACAAUACUGUAUAUGAAAUCCCACUCUCACUUACAAAAUCAAUCUGUGGAACAUCACAAUCGCAAAGGACUACUUGUAUGCAAUAUUAGAUGCAAAAACUGGCAUGGUCUUGGAAUCUCUUCCUUUUCUGUCUGAUUCAAAACUAUCAAACAACUGUUAACAUAUUUUAUUUUCUCUUUCAUGUGAUAUAGUGGUUUGAGAGGAAAACUGGAAUCAAUAGUUAAAGCCCAAAUAUCAGUAUCAGGCCAGAAAAGCUUGAUUGGUGGAUCUGUAAUUAAAAUAAGUCUUUUGUAUUCCAUUGAAUCAUAGAUUAUUUAUCACAUAUAAAUCAUGUAAGUAAGCUAAAAUACAAGGCUAAAUGAAACUUAAUUUCAAAGACUUGUUAUUUAAAAAGUUAAAGGUGAUUUAAAACCAACAAGUCAUGUCUUGGGCAAUUUAAAAACUCUCCUAUUUAUUUAGACGCACUGCAGAAAAAUGUGUAACGUCUCCUUUAUUUUCAUGAAGUACGGCCUGGCAUUUUCUAUCAGAAAACAUUUCCAGUUUAAUUCAUUCUUUUAGGAAUCUUCUUGAGUUAAAAGAAGACUGUUCAACUGGACUCUUCUCUUUUCUUCUUUACCUUGGUAUUUUAUUUGUCCAACCCAUGCUCAGUCAUAGCAUUAUGGAGGUUAAAACAGAGAUGUACUCGACCACUAGCGCCGCCGUCAGGCCUCUUCUGGUUCAUGAUUACUCUUAAAAUAUUUGAUUUUACUUAUUAACCCCCAGCUAUGUUGAAUAGACAUUCAAUUUUAAACUGUUUUCCCAUUUUGCUCGCGUGAAUCUGAGGGGACCUCAAAGCGUUGGCGCUUCAAAACAACAUGGAGCAUCUACAGCAAAAAUGCUACCACUGCAAAUCUUCAAACGUACUUGCUGUUUGCUACUAAAACAUCCGUUUUAGUAAUACGAGUGGAUCCAUUCGAUCCUCUUAAAUCAUUUACUGUUUUUCGAUUUCAUUUCCUUUUUUUUUUUGCUUUGUUUUUCUUCCCACUCUUCUCUCAUGUUUAAUACUUUUAGAUGAGAAUGACCAGUUAUGAUGAAAAGAGAGUACACCCUCCUGUCUAGAGUUUGACAUAUCAAGACAUAAUGAUGGUGAGCCGGUCUUUAUGAGGUUCCACACUUUUUACAGGCUGACACACGACUGAGCUGUUGUCGUUAAUUAAACAAAGAUAAAGUAGAAAAACUAAGUGCACAUCACGGUGCAAUCGCUCUUGGCAGUAAUAACGUCAAAGCUUUUUUUGUGUCACUAUAUCAGUCGCUCGAACUGUUGUUGUACUUAACGCUGACACACUAUCCUUGGAUUUCUGCAAACACAGUACCGUGAAUUAUAGCUCAGCCUCUCUACGUUAGUCUUGUCUGUGCAAAUUACUCUCCAUUGUUCCAAAGGUCUUGUAGCUCAUUCAAAUGCAACAUUGUAAAUCUCGUUAUCCCACAAUUACUUUUACGGAGAGAAAAACUAUUCUUCAACCCUUUAAAAAAAAAAAAAAAAAAUCACACUUCAGUCUUUGCUAAAUAUGCUGCCAGGAACUUUAAUUUGCUAAAUGAGGCUUGUAGAGUCUGAGAUGCAGCUCAGCACUGCACAACCCGAUGCUGAGGUAAAUACUGUUUGAACACUAUCUUAUGGAAACUGCUGUUUCUUUCUUUUACAUAGUCUGUUUCACUGAAGAACGGUGGACUACAAAUGAUGCUGUAAUAAGAAGUUUAUGGGCAGCUUGCAUUUUGGCAUCGUGUUAACUUAUUUCCUUACUUUUCCAUUUUCGCUUCAUCUUUUAUAAAUAAUGACUGUGUGGAAUCUGUUUUGUAUGGCAGAAUUCAGAUCUGAAUCACUUUAGAACUGGGCUACAUCCUGACAUGUGAAAUCAGAGAGUGUACGUUCUUUUUAUUGUGACUGGAGCUUCACAUCUAACUUUGUUUAUCUCUAUAGUACCAUUGUGAACCUAUUGUCACAUUCGUAUAGCAGAGGGCAUGUGCUCCCCAUGUUUUAUUUCAGGUGCUGCUAGUAUUACUAGUAUAUAAUGCUGUGCCAUGUAGGGUUCAGACUUUCUACAGAACCGAAUUUAACCACCAGUUAAAGUCCAAAUGAUUCAAUCUAAUGAAACCUGCCAGUUUAGACAUAUAUAGAAUUGUUAACAUAUUUCGAUUCAUUGUUCUCAUCAUACUCUCUCUGUGUGUACAUAUGAGCCAAAAUGAUCUGAAAUAUCUGAAGUUGUUUUUCUGAAGAUUUUUUACUAUGUGAAAUGUUUUGACAAAUUCUCUCCUUUUUUUUUUCUUCUUUUUUUUUGUGAUCGAUGUUUUUCUGGUCUGUGUAGUUUUAUGGUGCCAGUGUGUUACUGGGACUCUAGAAGAGAAACCUUUGUGAGAGUCUGAUUGUGUGAAUGUAAAAACUGCAUUUUAAACGGGGGAUUUCAGAGCGAUAAGAACUGAUUUGACCGUCUCUCCGCCUUUGUUUUUUUGUUAAAGUUUGUCCAGGCCGAGCUGCUCCUCUAGGACUGUUCUGCACCUCUGUGCUAAAAGACUCUGGAGUUUAUUCUGUUGUUUCCUGUUAAGUUGUGUCUGUCAGGGCGGGUUUGUACCUGAAUCAUCAUCAUCUGAAAUUGCCACGAGAUUGUUGUGUCUCUCAAGAAGCCACUUUGUUUACGUGUCGACUGUGACUGCCUUCGUUUUCUUCUUUAUGUGUCCACCUUUCCUCUCCUAUGCGGUUUGAGUGCAGUAUUAAAUACGUGUUUUGAAGACUUUUCUACAAAAUGAGGAAUUGUUGAGUCCAUUUCAAUUCAGCCUUAAUAUAUUUGCUUUAUGCCUCGUCUCUUAAUCAUUCAGUGUAAAAAGAAGCUCACCAUAAAUCCUUCUUUUGUUACUUUAUCAUUUUUGCAGAUUUUGAGGACAAGUUUGACUGUGUUUUUAUGGUUUGUGCUAGUUUAUUUGGUAUCUAGAUCUUUUAUUAAAUUGGUAUAAUAUGUGUUUUGUGGGAGUGGAACACCAGGGUCUUGGGGUUGGUUUAAAAUUUAAAAGUGUGCAUUUGAAAGCUUUUUAUAUCCAGAAACAUAAUUCGUCCGUUCAAAGCCAAAGAACUCCAGUUGCCACUGUCUAUUAAUUUGUUUUGGAGUAUUAGAGGAUUCUUGCAAAUUGUCAGAAAUUUUUUUUAUCCUUCAUAUGUUCUUGGUAGAAAAGGAAAUCUACUCCAUAGUUAUCGAAGGGGGGUGGGAAUCUUCUUUGUAGGCAUAAUACCAACCUCAGUUAUUGCUGGUUUUACUGGGAAAGAAAAAAAAAUACCAUCACCAGUCAACCCAGUCAUGCCCACUUUAGUACCACUAAACCCCUAAUCCAGUCAAACCCUGAUGUUUUCCUCCUCUCUGCAUGCUUGCCGUCAGGCUUUGUGUUUGCUUUUUUUGUUGUUGUUCUUCCUCUCUUCACAGCACUUUCCCUUCCUGUUUUAUAGCGUUUUUAUUUUUGAAUUGUUCUGUGGUUUAUGUGAACGACGUUGAAGAGAAAACUUGGAAAAGAAAAACCUUUGUGGCUUAGUACAGUUCAUUCUGAGAUCAUCUGUAUGUUUGUAGCAUCCAUUUACACAGAGCACUAACAAAUAAAACUUUUUUUCAUUUAUAAUUCUGAGCGGUGAUGUUAU